CACUCGCCCCAUGAAAGGCAUGAAAGCUAAUGGCCGCCAAAUUCUAUCCACGAAACAGCUGAUGUGCGUUGUUGUUUCUCAAUUUUAAAUUGGUAUUUUCACGGGAUUCACUGCGGCAAAGCACUUAGAUGAUACGUUAUUCGUGUAAUUGUUUUGUGUGGAAUUCAGGAUGUCACUGACCAUACAACAAAUAAUUUUGGAUGCAAAAAGACUCGCUGGCCGUCUUAAAGAACGCGAAACCGAAUCGGAUGCUUUGCUAACUGAAACUCAAUCUGCAUAUCGUCAAAUCCAUACCAUGAAACAGUACAAAGAAGAGGUUGAUACACUGAACGAGGCUUCACGUGAACGCCCCCGUGGAGCACUUAUAGCCAGCAUAGAAAGGGAAUCUCGAUUAAUGAGGGAUGUUCAACGGGAGAAUGGGGAGCUCCGGGCUGCACUAGAAGAUCACAGACGGGCUUUGGAGCUCAUCAUGUCUAAAUACAGACAGCACACCGAAAAGAGAGUGUGGGAGUCCAGAAUAGAUUUUACAGCAGCUGUCAAUGAAAAACAACAAGAGCUCAUUCGUAAACAAGCAGAGAGAAUCAAUGAAAUGACCAGUAUCAUGUACAAAGCAGUGAAUAUGGAGGAGAAUGGUGAGAUAAGGAGGGAGGAAGAGGUGUACCACAGGCUCAUCACUGAAAACAAGGGGUUGCGAGAGAUGCUGGACCUGUCGCGGCGGUACGGGUCGGACCGCGCGGUGGCGCCGCCCACCGAGGACAAGGACGUGCAGACGGACGGGCCGCCGCCGCCGCCGCACGCGUGACGCGCUGUCACCGCCGCCCCCGCCCCCGCCCCCGCCA